AUGGGACUUGGGAAAGAGGACAUAAAAGAUGGUCUUUUUCAUGAUUUAAUUAUACAAAUCCUGGAGACGUUUACGAGAACUCUUGCGCAGGGGGCUGAGAGGAAAGAUUCAAAGAAGAAGAAAGGUGGUGGUAUUUUCAGUCGAAGCAGCUUUAAGCGUCGAUCCAGCGGACAUAAUUCAGAGAUAAUGGCUUCCGAUAUACAAUUGUUUGAAAAGGACAGGAAUGAAUUGAUGAGGAAAAUAAAAAAUAAGGAAAUAACAUCGGAGGAAGCAUGGGAUCAAUUGAGAAGCGUGACUACGCUAUUUAACAAGCUCCCCCCUGGGAAAGUAUACAAUUCGACAACUGUUCAACUUUGCAACACAUCAACUUUCUACACAGAUUCUAACGUGGACAUUUCUCAAAGCACAAGCAAUAUCCCAUCUUCGACUGCCUCGGACUCAUCACCAAAUUCAACCCCAGGACUAUCUCGCAAACACAGAGUGGACACUGACAGUAGUGAAACUCUUUGUUCCAGUGGUAGUGUCGAAUUUGAUACAAACGUUCAAGUUUCUCAUCAUGGUCUUUCACCGGCGUCUUCAAAAUUUCCAAAGAACGAUGUUCGACGAGCGGCUUCCGAGAAAAAAAGAACAAAUAAGAUGAAUGAGGAACAAAAUCGUCGCAGUACCAUAUCCAACUCGGAUUUAAACAACGUAUCUUCGGGUAGUCUUUCUCACUCACAAGAAAACGUCAAUAAUCAGCCUCCCAUUCCGCCAUCGAAAAAGCCACCACGAGCUAACAUCGGUAAAAACAUCCCAUCGGGUUUGCGGACCCCGGACAUUUCGGGUAGUGCCGGGAAAUCACCGCAAAUCGAUAGGAAAUCGAAACCGGAUAUUAUUACCAAACAACAUGAAGGAGGAAAACCUGUUUUACCACCCAAGCCGGCUCUCCCAAGUAAACCAUCGAAACUUCCUCCUAAGCCGAUGACAUCUAAAAGUUUACCUAGAAACGCCCCCCUUUUGUCUGUUGCCAACGGCAAUUUAAUUGAAGAUGCCACACAAGAUACGAGGACUAAAGGCGAGGUGACGUCACAGGUUUUGACGUCACGGCAGGCAAGGAAGGUGCCACCAAAACCAUCGCCUGCGACUAGGGUUUCCCGCCAUAAACCAAGUGGAACUAAACUUUUGGAAAUGAUCGAGAAGAAACUUGAAGAAGAAGGAGUUGAUUUAUUACAAGAUCCUUAUACAAAUCAGAAUGGUAAAUGGGGUGUUCCCAUGACGCUGGUUGAUCGAUAUUCCCGCGAGUUGAAGACGACGAUGAGAGAAGUUGCCAAGGAAAUGGAUCAUAUAAGGGUGGAAAAAUUAGAUCAUGUUAAGAAAAAGGCGGUUCCAUGUGAUAUUUCCAGUCUUCGCUUCGCUGCAGAUGUUGUGGGAAAACUUAGUUCAGUGGUGGACUGGUUGACGUCACUUGGACUGCCAAUGUACAUAGAAAAUUUUCUGGAAGAAGGAUACGAUGAUAUGAGUAUUGUACCCUAUCUUUCACACGACCAUCUUCGUCAUGCAAAUAUCACAAAUACAGAUCAUAUCGCUAGACUUAUUCGAUCCCUUGAAAACAUGGCCCCAGACCCUCACUCUUACAAUGGAGAUUGACGAGGCCCCAGACCUCUCCUCUUACAAUGGAGAUUAAAGAGGCCGCAGACUUCUCCUCUUACGACGGAGGUUGAUGAGGCCCAGACCCUAGUCGUGUCGUGUACAUUAACUAGGUCAAAUGACUCAAAUCUCGCUCACGACUUGUCGAUAAUUAUUAGAAAUGAUAAUGUAUUUAUAUAUUAUGAUUCGGCUUUACCAAAGCUCGACAUUGCUGCCCAAGGGAUGUUCAAAAUUAUAAUAGAUGUCGAUUUAACGGCUGAUGUAGGAAACGAACCUCGUGUCCAGGAGAAAGGACAAUGGGUACGAGGUUGACACCAUUGAACUGUCUUUUGAAUCUGGAGUGCUCUCUUUGUUGUUGCAAUCCUUGAAGCCGAAAUUUAAGUUUUCUUGAGUUUUUAGAUAUAAUUUCCAUGAAAUAAUUUUAAAGAAUGAACAAAGAUCUAUAUAAAAUACAGUUGCACAAACUGCCAUCAUACGUUUUACCUUACGAGCUCGGGUAAAUAACGAAAAUACUCUGAUAUGAAUGCGUCUUAGUGUGCAUCAGAUGAUUUAUAGCACUGCUAUUGGAGUUAGUGCUCCAGUUUAUAUUAUAUUUCAAUGGUUGUCAGCCACCAAGCAUCUCCAAUAACAUGCUUUUCAAUAGUUUAGUGCGCUAAAACGUCAUCGUACGUUUUAAACUAUUUUUGUGUAGAAAAAACUAACUUCUUUCAAACCUGUUUGUUUUGGUUUGCAUGCCAAUAUUAUAAAUCUAUUCAUGAUUGUGGAAUUUGUGAAUCGUAUUUGGCGACAUUUUGUCGAAUGAAUUUAGUUAUACACAAGUCUUGAAUUCUUUUGAACUUAUAUAUGCUUGUCACUUUUCUAUAAUAAUUUCGAUAUGAUAAAUCCUACAAUGAUGCAAUAACAUUUUUACAUAUAUUAUUUAUUGAGAAAUAAAUUAGAAUUAUCUGUGUUGAAUAUUUUACAUAUGACAAUAAAUAAAUAUUGGUAUUUUAGUUUACCUAUGCAAA